CUCUGGUAAGUGGUAAUGGACUCUGCAACUUUGGGGAUGAUAGGUUCUUCGUCCUACUUCUCCAGAUUUCCCAACCACAAAUCGUCUCCUUCCAGGACUUUCGGGCACUUACAGGACAGGAUAUCGUUCCGGAGGUCCCUGAGGCUCAAAGUUAAAUGCGUCAACAACCCCAAUCCCAUUUCUUCUUCUUCUUCCUCGUCGUCGUCGUCGUCGUCGUCGUCGUCGUCAUCUCUUCUCAAGUCCAAUACCAAUACUCAAAACCCUAGCUCCUCCGCCUCCUUCUCUGAUGUGACCGAGGCUUCAUUGGGAACCUCUGAACUUGCCAUCUGCAAGCUUCAACGUCUUGUUUUCGAGUUUCAAUCUCUACCCGAGCCCAUUGAUCGUGUCAAACGCCUCUUACAUUACGCGACGCUUCUCUCUCCGUUUCACGAGUCGCGGCGUGUACCGACCAAUCGAGUUAUGGGAUGCACCGCCCAGGUGUGGUUAGACGCCAGCUUGGAUGAGUAUGGCAGGAUGAGGUUCUCUGCCGAUAGUGAUUCAGAGAUUACCAAAGGCUUCUGCUCCUGCUUGGUUUGGAUUCUUGAUGGGGCAUUCCCGGAGGAUGUACUGGGUCUGAAGACGGAGGAUUUGGCUUCCCUCAAUGUUGGGUUGCCUGGUCGUGCUCAUUCAAGGGUGAAUACGUGGCAUAACGUUUUGAUCAGCAUGCAGAAGCGGACCAAAGCUCUUGUUGCCGAGAAGGAGGGUAAGCUUCCUUUGGAUCCUUUCCCAUCUCUGGUUAUCACCCCGGACGGUAUCCGGGCUAAAGGAAGCUAUGCUGAAGCUCAGGUGAGGUUUUUGUUCCCUGAUGAGUUAAAGAUUAAAGAACUCGUCAAUGUGCUAAAGGAGAAGAAAAUUGGUGUGGUUGCACAUUUUUACAUGGACCCAGAGGUCCAAGGAGUCUUGACUGCUGCACAGAGGCAGUGGCCUCACAUCCAUAUAUCUGAUUCAUUGGUUAUGGCAGAUAUGGCUGUUAAGAUGGCUGAAGCUGGAUGCCAAUUUAUCACAGUGCUUGGUGUAGACUUCAUGUCAGAAAAUGUGCGUGCAAUCCUUGAUCAGGCUGGCUUUAGAGAGGUUGGUGUGUAUAGAAUGUCAAAUGAUCGCAUCGGUUGCUCUUUGGCUGAUGCUGCAGCUACUCCUGCUUAUAUGAGUUUUCUUAAGCUAGCAUCUAUGGUACCUCCUUCUUUGCAUGUUAUCUACAUUAACACCUCACUGGAGACAAAAGCUCAAGCCCACGAACUUGUGCCAACGAUCACCUGCACUUCUUCAAAUGUUGUGCAAACAAUUCUGCAGGCAUUUGCUCAGAUACCAAAUUUAAAUAUAUGGUAUGGCCCCGAUUCCUACAUGGGUGCAAACAUUGCAGAAUUGUUUCAGCAGAUGGCGAGCAUGACAAAUGAAGAGAUUGCUGAGAUACAUCCAGAACAUGAUAGAAACUCCAUAAGAUCAUUUGUUAACAACCUGCACUAUUACCAGGAUGGGACAUGCAUUGUACAUGACCUAUUUGGACAUGAAAUCGUGGAGAAAAUACAGGAAAUGUACUGUGAUGCAUUCCUAACAGCUCAUUUUGAAGUCCCAGGGGAAAUGUUUUCCCUGGCAAUGGAAGCCAAGAGAAGAGGAAUGGGAGUGGUUGGUUCGACCAAAAAUAUAUUAGAUUUCAUCAAACAAAGGGUCCAAGAGGCUUUGCUAAAAAAUGUUGAUGAAAACCUUCAGUUUGUGUUAGGAACAGAAUCGGGGAUGAUUACUUCAAUUGUUGCAGCUGUAAGUGAACUGUUACGUUCGGUUGAUUCCCCUGGGAGGGCGAAACUCAACAUUGAGAUCAUCUUUCCAGUCUCAACAGACUCGUUGUCAAGAACAUCAAAAGAUCCACCAACAGGCCUUAAUACUGCUGACAUGAAUAACUUGUCUGAUCUCUCGGUUAUUCCUGGGGUGACUAGUGGAGAGGGAUGCUCCAUUCAUGGAGGCUGUGCUUCUUGUCCAUACAUGAAGAUGAAUUCUCUCAGCUCACUAUUAAGAGUAUGCCACCAGCUACCUGAUGAUAAAAAUGCACUUUCAACCUAUGAAGCUGGACGAUUCAAUUCAAGAACCCUGCUUGGAAAAUCAGUUGCAGAUGUUGGAUGUGAGCCAAUUUUGCACAUGAGACACUUCCAGGCAACAAGAAAAUUGCCAGAAAAGCUUGUUCAUCAGAUCAUACCUCCAUCUGAAAAUUGGUAGCCGCCAUCUUAACAGUUCAAAUAAGCUUUCAGAAAACUGAAAGUUUCAGUUUCUGAUGUUUCUACUUCUGAUGCCAUCCCAUGCACGCAAAGACAAGGAGCAUUGGCUGGGUCAUGAAGUUUAGA